AGUGGGCUGUGAAAUCCGCUCUAGAACGGUCUAGAUCCGGAGGAGGAAAAAAUUAUACAAAAAUCGUGCAAAAAUGUGGAUCGCCUUGCUGGGGACACCCUUUCUAUUGGUGGCUCUUUGGUUUCUCUUAAAGAAAAUUAAUGAAAACUACUUUAUUCUUUCAUUAACACAUCGAGUGCGAACAGAAGAUGGCAGUCCUUUGGAGAGCAAAGUAGUGGUAAUGCCAGGAAAAACAAGAUUUGGCAAUAAUUUGGAUAUUCUCAACUUUACGCCGGCCAGUGUGUUUAAUUUUGUGCGCGAGUCCACGGCCAAGGCCAAGGGUGCGAACUAUCUGUGGUACUUCCUCUUUGCACCCAUGUACAAUGUGGUUCGCGCCGAGGAGGCUGAGGAGAUAUUCCAGAGCACAAAGCUGAUAACAAAGAAUGUGGUUUACGAACUGAUAAGACCAUUUUUGGGGGACGGUUUGUUGAUUAGCACGGAUCAAAAGUGGCACUCCAGAAGAAAGGCUUUGACCCCUGCAUUUCAUUUUAAUGUUCUACAGUCGUUCUUGGCUAUCUUCAAGGAAGAGUGCAACAAGUUAAUCAAAGUGCUAGAGCAAACAGUGGAUGGCGAGCUGGAUCUCAGUCAAGUCAUUCCUCAGUUUACCUUGAAUAAUAUCUGCGAAACCGCUUUGGGCGUCAAGUUAGAUGACAUGUCGGAGGGUAAUGAGUACAGAAAAGCCAUUCAUUCCCUAGAAGAGGUUCUAAUACAGAGAGUGUGCAAUCCCCUCAUGUAUUACAACUGGUACUUUUUCCUCUACGGCGAUUAUCGAAAGCAUGCUAAAAUGCUGCAGAUAGUUCAUGAUUCUAGCAAGAUUAUCCAAAAGAAACGAGAGCAAUUCAAGCAGAAGCAACGCGGUGAAGUGGAUGAGUUUGGUAAGAAGCAGCGGUAUGCCAUGUUGGACACUCUAUUAGCCGCUGAGGCAGAGGGUCAAAUAGAUCACCAAGGUAUCUGCGAUGAGGUCAACACCUUUAUGUUCGAAGGAUACGACACCACAUCCACUUGUCUCAUUUUUACACUCCUGCUUCUGGCCCUGCACGAGGACGUACAACAGCGUUGCUACGAGGAACUGGAGAAUCUUCCAGAGAAUAGUGAUGAGAUCUCGGUGUUCCAAUUCAACGAACUCGUCUAUUUGGAGUGUGUGAUCAAGGAAUCCCUGAGAAUGUACCCCUCGGUUCCCUUUAUUGGACGCCAGUGUGUGGAGGAGUGUGUUGUAAAUGGCAUGGUGAUGCCCAAGGAUACCCAGAUCAGCAUUCACAUCUAUGAUGUUAUGAGAGAUCCUCGCCAUUUUCCAAAACCAAAUGAAUUCAAACCGGAACGUUUUCUGCCGGAGAACACAGUGAAUCGGCAUCCUUUCUCAUUUGUGCCCUUCAGUGCUGGUCAAAGGAAUUGCAUUGGACAAAAGUUUGCCAUUCUGGAGAUGAAGGUGCUACUGGCAGCUGUUAUUAGGAACUUCAAGUUAAUGCCUUUAACACAAAUCGAAGAUUUAACUUUUGAGAAUGGCAUUGUACUUAGAACACAGGAAAAUAUAAAGGUGAAACUGGUAAAGAGAUUCAAGGAGUGAUACUUGUUAAUAAGUUAAAAUUAAAUGAUUGCCAAAGAAAAAAAAUGUGUAAGCCAAUGAAUUAAAGUUAUACCAUGGAUAGAUACUGUUUUUUUAAUAUUAUAAAAAUAACCAAGUUUUGUUAUGACUCAAACGAAA